UCGACCGCGGGGAUCCAGCGGAGGAAGGAGCAGCGCGGGGCGCACGCUUGGCACCAUGACCCAGACACCCGCCUUCGACAAGCCCAAAGUAGAAUUGCAUGUCCACCUGGAUGGAUCCAUUAAGCCCGAAACGAUCUUAUACUACGGCAGGAAGAGGGGGGUCGCCCUCCCUGCUGACACAGUUGAGGAGCUGAAGAACAUCAUUGGCAUGGACAAGCCACUCACCCUCCCGGGCUUCCUGGCCAAGUUCAACUACUACAUGCCUGCCAUCGCGGGCUGCCGGGAGGCCAUCAAAAGGAUUGCCUAUGAGUUCGUUGAGAUGAAGGCCAAGGAGGGCGUGGUGUACGUGGAGGUGCGUUACAGCCCACACCUGCUGGCCAACUACAAGGUGGAGCCGAUGCCCUGGAACCAGCCCAAAGGGGACAUCACCCCAGAUGAGGUGGUGUCCCUAGUGAACCAGGGCCUGCAGGAGGGAGAGCGAGACUUCGGGGUGAAGGUGCGGUCCAUCCUCUGCUGCAUGCGCCAUGAGCCCAGCUGGUCUGCCAAGGUGGUGGAGCUGUGUAAGAAGUACCAGCAUCAGACCGUGGUGGGCAUCGAUCUGGCCGGGGAUGAGACCAUCACAGGCAGCAGCCUCUUCCCUGGACAUGUGCAGGCCUACGAGGAGGCUGUGAGGAACGGCAUUCACCGCACCGUCCAUGCCGGGGAGGCUGGCUCUGCAGAGAGGGUGAAAGAGGCUGUGGACAAUCUCAAGACAGAGAGGGUGGGCCAUGGCUACCACACCGUGGAGGAUGAGGCCCUUUACAAAAGGCUGCUAGAGAACAACAUGCACUUUGAGGUCUGCCCCUGGUCCAGCUACCUCACGGGCUCCUGGAACCCAGACACGGAGCAUGCAGUCGUUCGAUUCAAAAGGGACCAGGCUAACUACUCGCUAAACACGGAUGACCCGCUCAUCUUCAAGUCUACCCUGGACACCGAUUACCAGAUGACCAAACAGAAGAUGGGCUUUACCGAAGAGGAGUUUAAGAGACUGAAUAUCAAUGCGGCAAAGUCCAGUUUCCUCCCAGAAGAUGAAAAGAGGGAGCUGCUGGACCUGCUCUAUAAAGCCUACGGGAUGUCGCCUGCAGCCUCUGCAGUAGGGCAGCAACCAUGAAGGCAUCACGGCCACUGCUCCGAGCCGCGCCCUGUGGAUGGAGAUUUCAUAGCUCUGGGCGGUCAAGCGACACCCACCUUUACUUCCCUGGGAAGACCAUGAUUUCCAUAGUCAGCUACUGAUGCUACUGGAAGCCUGUGUGCCCCUGCUGUGCCCACACACAGCGUGGCAUGGUCAACUCCCUCCUCUGGUGAUGAAACCCUCCUCCUCUGGUGAUUUAUGCUGAAAAGCUGGUGCUCAAUAAAGAAGCCAACGGCUGGUGUCGUGCAGCA